GACUUGAACACUGCUUAACUAAACUAUGGAAAAAUAACAUUUUCCUUAAAAAUUUUGGUGCAUAUACACAAAGGCUUGCCUUCCAAUUUGCAAGAAAAGACCUUUUACAAACAAGAAAGGGAUGCUUUUCCUGAAGUGCACAUGAAAUCUAUUCAAAAACAAUGUAAAGAAGUCAAGAAAUCUACAUUCCUCCCCUCUCUCUUUUGUCUCUACACAGAAUCAGAUUCCAUAUAACCAAACACAUCUACUUUAAUCAUGAGCCAGCUUGCGAUCCUUCCCAUAUUCUCAAAAUCCCAUCAUUUCAUUAAUUACCUUCAUUUAUAUAUAUUUCAUUAAUUACCUUCAUUUAUAUAUAUAUAUAUAUAUGGGUUUUUCCAUAGUCUACUCGAACUUGAUCAUUUUAUUCUCAAACAUUGCCUCUUACCACCUUGAUGACCGAGAAGUUGUGUUGCAUGGUGAUGAGAAUCAAUAUGGAUUGCAAUGGUUGUUGCAAGAAAGUAAGGAGAGCCCUGCUUAGUAUGCAAGAGUUGAAAACACAUUUGAUAGAUGAGAAGCAGUGCAUGGUAAGUGUGUGUGGAAAGUUCAUCCCACAAGAUGUGGCAAUCAAGAUAAGGAAGAAGACUAACCGCAGAGUAGAGAUAUUGGAUAUCCAAGACUUCAAUGUCAUCAAUGAAGUUCAUGAUCAAAGACCCUUGAUUCAUACAUGGAAUCACUUGUCCAACCACAACCAAUUUGGAACUUGUAUAAAAUGAGAGAGAGAGAGAGAGAGAGAGAAUGAGGGAUGUCCAUUGUACUGAGAAUCCAGUUGAAGUUAAGGAGUGUUUGAUUUACUAGAAUGAAAUAGAAUGUAAUGAUCAUUGUAUUAUAAUAUUUAUUUUUAAGUUUGGUUAGCUAAAAAAUUGUUGAAAAA